AUGGACUCUCGCACAGACCGGGCGGAUAUUCCAGCGGACAUUAUCGAGCACCUUUUCACGCAGCACCCCCAGUUGCGCCCUGCGGCAGCCGUUCCUCGCCCCGGAUUAUGUGCGCGCGCGCAAGCUUUGGCGCGGGCCUUGCCCAUUUUGGGGCGGCUUGCGCCCGCGCCCGACCUGAAACAGGCGCUCAUCGACCAACUCUUGGCCCAGCAGCAGAACGCAACCACUUAUCGCCAAUGGUACGACGCCAGUGCCCAGCUCGACGAGCUUUCAGGCAACAACCUCUGGAAAGCCACGCCGCAGUGCCGGCACUACGACCACCGCUUAGUGCAAAAAAACCUCGAAGAAAUGCGCUCGGCCCGCCUCAGGAAAGACCAUAAGCUUCUUCUCUACCUCAUUCGCACCAAGUGGACACGAAACGUCGGAAACAUGGGUGCCUUGGGCCUCUACCGCCAUUCGCAUGUGGGAACAAAACGUCUCGUGGAAGAAUAUAUCGAAGAGUGUCGCCAAUGCUUGCACUAUUUGGUCCAUGAUCCAAGCGUCCACCUAAACGACCGGUACCUUCUAGGCAUGCUUAUCCAGACACGCAAGAACAUUGGCCGCACUGCCUUGGUUCUCUCGGGAGGAUCGACUUUUUCGCUCUCGCAUGUCGGCGUUUUGGUGGCCCUAUUGGAAAACAGUUUGGUGCCGCGCAUCAUCAGCGGAUCGUCAUCGGGGUCCAUCAUCGCCAGCAUUUUGUGCUGCCACACAAACGACGAAAUUGGCGAGUUGCUUAUGGGAAUUACAGAACGGCGCUUCACCAUUUUCGGCACCGAGUCCGAGAAAGAUGGCAGGCUCAAAGUUUUCCUCCAACGCAUCGGCCACCUCCUCAAGUUCGGCACGUUUUUCGACAUUUCCGGCUUGCGCCAGACCAUGUAUGAUUUUGUGGGAAACAUCACCUUCCGCGAGGCGUACAAUCGGACGGGGAAAAUCCUUAAUGUGACGGUGUCUCCCGCAACCAAGCACGAACAGACCCGGCUUCUAAACUAUUUAACAGCGCCAAACUGUCUUGUGUGGUCAGCUAUUUGUGCUUCGUGCCUGUUACCAGGGAUAUUCCCAUCCAACUCCAUUUACGAGAAGAACCCCAGCACCAACAAGAUCCACGAGUGGAAUAACGACGAGUCUUCGAAAUACGUUGAUGGGUCAGUGGACGGCGACUUGCCCAUCUUGCGUCUUUCUGAAAUGUUCAAUGUGGACCAUAUCAUUGCCGUGCAAGUAAAUCCGCAUGUUUCGCCCAUCUUGAAAGUAUCUGUUUCCAGUGUGGGAGGAAAAGCCGAUAGUGAGCUCAGUGAAACUGUAAAAGGUCUCUUGAACAAUGCCUACGAUUUUAUAACCAGCGAAAUCAUUCAUGCAUUGCAGAUUCUCCAUGAGAUGAACAUCUAUCAAAAUUUGACACUAAAAUUGAUUUCGCUUCUUUCUCAGCUGUACUCGGGCGAUAUCACCAUCCUUCCCCAACUUGAGUUGCGUGAUUUCCUCAAGGUGUUUCAAAACCCAACUCCUCAGUUUAUGCUCGACUUCAUCCUCAAGGGCGCCAAAGCUGCAUGGCCCAAGAUUACCGUGAUCAACAAUCAUUGCGGUGUGGAGUUUGCUCUCGAUAAAGAGAUCUCGUUUGUUCGGGGUCGUUUGAUUGCAGAAGCCAAUAGCAGAAUAGCUCAGGGCUUUACUGAUUUUCCGAAAGCUUUCGACUCAAAUGACUAUCUUGUCAGUUCUCCUGUGCUAGCCGAAGAAGCCAAUGCAGUUAGUCCUGCAAAGCAACGAGCGAAGGCAAAAAUAAGGAGACACAAUCUGGUCACUAGUGGUGAGGCUCGUUGGCAACGACAUAGUCCUGUGGUGCACCGGAAAAGAAACUCUGUCAGUUUUGUUGACCGAAACUUGAGUUUCCGAGGCAAAUCCACAACGUCCUUGAAUUCCAUGGGAGGCAAAGAAAGGGAGUCAGAAAGGGAGUCACCGUUUUUCAAGACUCCGCAAGCCAAGUAUAUCUCUAACGGGGGUGAUGGCGAUAGCCAAAGCACAAGAGGCACAUCUUUCGACUUCCGCAGUCCGCAUCAUGAGAAGUACUUGGACACAGAUUAUGUACCAGCUUCACCGAAAUCAGAGCCUCGAGAGCCCCGUGAUAAAGCCAAUCUCCCACGUGUUCUGCGAGCAGGCUCGCUUCGGAACUCGUAUGUUGGACUCAACAGGAUCAAAAAUUCGGGAGAAGGCGAUUCUCCUCUCAGCUCACCUAAAAGUUUAGAAAAGGCGUACCUUGAGCUUGAAAAGAACUUCAAAAAUCUCCAACCAGCGACAUUGAGACAGCAUUUUAAAAAGCCAAAGGAGGAGAAAAGACUAUCAUUUUAUUUGGAAAAGGGAGGAGAUAUGAAUGGCAAGCAGAAAAGUGACGAGCAGAAAAAUGACGAGCAGAAUAAUGGACAGAAAAAAUGGACAGAGUCUUGCAUCCGAUGCGGUAGCAGAAACCAAGAAAAAUGGAACAACAACAAAUGA